CGUAGUGCGCAUUAAUGCAGUGCACUCAUGUGCCGUGGGGGCGGAGCCAGGUGUUAGCGGAGGAGCCAGGUGGAGGAGGGGAGAGGACGUCAUAUUGAGGAAGCGUAACCUAAGGUGCACGGAAACCGAAGCCACCCGACGUGGAAGCAGUUCCAUUUUUCAGGAGAAAAAUAACACGCAUUAAAUAGUCUGACAGACACAACAACAAGGAAUGGCCUCUGCUAACGCUUCCUGGUCUGAGGAGAACUUUUCUUGUUCCAUCUGUCUGGAUGUGUUCAGCAGUCCAGUUUCCACACCAUGUGGACACAACUUCUGCAGAACCUGUAUUAAUAAGUUCUGGGAUGGACAAGUCCAGUACAAAUGUCCUGUUUGCAGCAAGGUUUUCGACACUAGACCUGAUCCACAGGUCAAUAUCCUUGUAUCAGAGCUGGCUGCUCAGUUUAGAACGACCGUACAAGUAAAAGAGCAGUCUUGUGUUGAAUCAUCAGAAGUUCACUGUGACGUCUGUACUGGGACCCAGCUGAAGGCCGUGAAGUCCUGCCUGGUGUGUUUGGUCUCCUACUGCCAAACCCACCUGGAACCGCAUCAGAGAGUCACAGGCCUGAAGAAACAUAGGCUGGUCGAGCCUAUGGACCGUCUGGAAGACAGGAUGUGUAAGAAACACGACCGACUUCUGGAGCUCUUCUGCAAAACUGAAGAGGUGUGUGUGUGUCAGUCCUGCACAGAGGGUGACCACAGGUCCCAUCCUGUUGUACCUCUGAAGGAGGAAUAUGAAGUGAAGAUGGCCCAGCUGGGGAACAUAGAGGCUGAAGUUUCGCAGAUGAUCCAGGAGAGAAAAGUAAAGAUUAAGGAGAUCAGAGACACGGUAGAACGUAGCAAAGCAGAUGCAGACAGAGAGAUAGCCGAUGGUGUGCAGGUCCUCACUGCUCUGGUGCGCUGCAUUGAAAAGUGCCAGGAUGAUCUCAACCAAAUGGUUAAAGAGAGACUGAAAUCCACAGAGAAACAAGCUGAAGACCUCAUCAAAGAGCUGGAGCAGGAAAUAGAAGAUCUGACCAAUAGAAGCUCAGAGGUGAAGCAGCUCUCGCACACUAAAGACCUUCUCCACUUCCUCCAGGCCUUCAGAUCCCUGAAGGAUCCUCCACCCACCAGGGACUGGACGACGGUGGAGGUCCGUCCUCCGUCAUACGUAGCGACCUUGAGGAGAUCCCUGGAUGAGCUGGAGGAGACACUGAACAUGGAGAUGAAGAAGCUACGUGAUGAUGUUGAACUGAAGAGGGUCCAGCAGUAUGAAGUAGAUGUGACUCUGGAUCCUGAUACAGCUCAUCCCACGCUCAUCCUGUCUGGGGAUGGGAAACAAGUCCAUGAUGGAGGUGUAGCGAAGAAACUCCCAGACAACCCUAAGAGAUUUACAUAUUAUGCAUGUGUUCUUACGAGGCAGAGCUUCUCCUCAGGGAGAUUUUACUUUGAGGUCCAGGUUAAAGACAAGACUGCAUGUUAUUUAGGAGUGGUCAGAGAGUCCAUCUACAGAAAAGGAGCGACCGGGUGGACCCCUAAGACGGGUUACUGGACUCUCUACUACGACAAGUAUGGGUUGGUAUUUAAUGGUAAUCCUGCUGUCAGUCUCCCUCUGAGAGCUGAGCUCCAGAAGGUGGGGGUGUUUGUUGAUUAUGAUGAGGGUCUGGUCUCCUUCUAUGAUGUGGAAGCCAGGGUUCAUCUCUACUCUGCUACCAGCUGCACCUUUAGAGAGCCUCUCUAUCCAUUCCUCUGUCCGUAUGGAGGAAAAAACUCUGCCCCCCUGAUCAUCUCAGCUGUCAAUCAAACAGACUAGACAUUUGUUUGAUAAUAAAAAUAACGACCAAAAUAACUAAUGUUGUUUCCUGAAUGGGAAUCUCUACUAUGGGAGAUCUGAGAAAACUGCAUUCAUAUUCACCUUCAUUUAAAUACAACAAAAUGUAUUAAGCAACUUACACUGUGUACUAUAACAAGUAUAAAUCAUUAUAACUGGUUGCACUACUCUUAAAUGUUCAAUAUCUUUUUUUCUUAACGUUUUUUAAUUAAAAUUAGGUUAGUUGAAAGUAUGAAAUCUUGUUUUUAUUAUUAUUUUGAUCACAUUAUCGAUCAAAUAAAUUCAUGUUUGUUAACUCAAUACAAUGUUUGUACACUUCAGAUUUCAAUAAAAAUUCGCCAAAAGUACAA